AACUCGACUCGAUUCUCUCUCGCGGUCUCGCCUCGUCGUCUCCUCCACCACGCCGACAUCAUCUCCUCCUUCCGUAUCAUUGGAAAUCUGAACCCAGUUAUUUUCCAUGGAAACCAAGGCGGAUGGUGGAGGUAGCUCGCUUGUUCUGAUCAAGCAAGGAGCCGAAGCUAGGGUUUUUGAGUCAGACUUCGCGGGAAGGAGGUCAAUUGUCAAGGAGCGUUUUUCAAAGAAGUAUAGGCAUCCGUCUUUGGAUGCAAAGCUUACGCUCAAGCGCCUCAAUGCGGAGUCCAGGUGCAUGACGAAAGCAAGACGGCUCGGGGUCUAUACUCCAGUGCUUUACCAUGUAGACACUGUGCUGCAUACCCUAACAUUUGAAUACGUGGAGGGUCCUUCUGUCAAAGAUGUAUUUCUUAGAUUCGGGUUAGGCGAUGGAAGUGUUGCUGAAGAACGCAUUGAUGAUAUUGCAAUGCAGAUUGGUCAAGCAAUUGCGAAACUACAUGAUGGUGGCCUCAUUCAUGGGGACUUGACCACAUCUAACUUGUUAAUCAGAGCUAGUACCAAUCAGUUGGUUGUCAUUGAUUUCGGUCUGAGCUUUACAUCAACCCUUCCAGAAGAUAAAGCUGUGGAUUUGUAUGUACUGGAAAGAGCUUUGCUCUCAAUGCAUUCUUCGUGUGGGAAUGUGAUGGAUCCGAUACUUGCUGCGUAUCGGAAGUCCUCAAAGCAGUGGUCAUCCACCUUAAACAAGUUAGCUCAAGUGAGACAACGAGGCCGAAAGCGCACCAUGGUUGGAUGAGUGCUGCUUCAACUAUCAUUCACAUCAGGAUAAGCAAAAGGAGUAUUUGCAGGGCGACAUGCAACGGUACACUCGUUAUCUUCGUGUGAUGUUUAGUUGCAAGUUAUGAACAUGUAUUCCGACUUUGAAUUCAGUAGUAAUUUAUGUCUAGAGUGCAUGUCCUGGAACUAGCUAUCGAUCUGAUGCCUUACCUCCUCUCCUCGUUGUUUACAAUUGAAAUUUGAAUGCGUCUCCUUUUCA